AAAACCUGUUUGCAGCCAUGAGAAACAGCUUGUCCAUUCACCCCGAGAUACCUUCACUAAUUUUACCUAAGUAUAAAAUUAUAAUAAUAUUAUUCGUGUGACGACGAUGAUGAUAUCUUUGGCUCAUUAAGUUGAAAAAUAAAAUCUUAUAUUUUCAAAAAAAAAAUCAUCGAAUCAGCAUUCAUCACUAACGUUCAUUCCAUCGCGGCCUGCGGAGAUAGAGAAAAACUACAAAUCACCGAGUCAGCGAGAGCACGUGGAGAUUCAGAAGCCCUCCACAUGCACAGCUUGGCGAGCUACACUCCCCGAAGCAGCUACGCGUCCAAUGCCCAUUCAUGGAUUCAUCACAAGCCCACUUCUCUGUUCCUAAUAUAAACUCCCUCACAACUUCAGAAGAACUAAGUUUUAUGAGCAAUGGAGGAUUGUGUUGAUGAGCUCUUGAACACUUUAUCAGAUUAUAAGAAGGUAGAAGAAGAAAAAACUGUGGAAGAAGCUGACGAGAAGGGUACCUCGAAGUCUAGUAGUAGUAGUAGUGGUGGGAUAAUAGAGCAGAUCAUUUCGCAUUUGCCGGUGGCCAUUCCCGGCAUUUCAGACACUUCUGCUGCAGGAGAAUCAACUCAUGGAGAUAAUGAUGUGGACAAACCUGAAGCGAAGAAAGCCGAAGAGCAUGAAGGAAUAAUUUCUCUACCAGAUAGUGGUCCAGAUCCUGAAGAGGCGACCAUUCUCAUCUCAAUUAUCCAUGAUUAGUUCAGGAGCAAAAUCAAUAAUUUACCUGGAUUUUGUGGGUUCAUCUGGAAACAAUGAUGAUGAAGCUUUCCUGUGUAAAUGUUCAUUGUAAUCGUCGUUU